UCAAGAGGCCUCUAAGAGAAACCAAGAAAAAAAAAAAAAAAAAAAGCUCUAUUGGUUUUCUGGUUUUCUUCUACGGUUGGGGUUUUUGAUUGAUGGACAGGGAUGGAGAUCGCGUCAAGGGUCCGUGGAGCCCAGAGGAGGACGAGAUGCUAAGGAGGCUGGUGCAGAGCCACGGUCCUCGGAGCUGGUCGGUGAUAAGCAAGGCGAUCCCGGGGCGCUCGGGGAAGUCGUGCCGGCUCCGGUGGUGCAACCAGAUCUCGCCGGAGGUAGAGCACCGGCCGUUCUCGCAGGAGGAGGACCAGAUCAUCGUCAAGUCCCACGCCAAAUACGGCAACAAGUGGGCCACCAUCGCUAGGCUCCUCAACGGCCGUACCGACAACGCGAUCAAGAACCACUGGAACUCCACGCUCAAGAGAAAGUACUCCUCGAUGGUGAGCGGCGACGACGCCGAUUCGACAGCCGACGAGACUCUGAAUCGGCCGCACAAGAAAUCAAUGGGUCCGUGUUACAGCCCCCGCGGUAGCCCAUCCGGAUCCGACGUAAGCGAUUCGGGUCUACCGCCGAUAUCCACCCCGUACCCGAUUCGAUACUUGUCACCGCCGCGCCCGAACCCUAUCACUGACGAGCCGUCGACUCUGCUUACUCUGUCUCUGCCAGGGACCGAGUCUCUCGAGCCGCGCAGCGGCCAAAACUCGCCGCCUCGUCUAGAGUACGACACCAAAUCAUCACCGCCGUACCAUAACUACCGAACGGCGAAGUUUUCGCCGGAGUUAGUUGACGUGCUGAAGGACAUGAUUAAAAGGGAAGUGAAGAGUUACAUGGAUGGGCGCGAGAAGGCUGGGAUUCUUUGUGAGGGCGUAAAGCGCAUUGAUAUUGACCAUUAAAUUAUGAAUCAGAGAGAAAAAAAAGAAAAAGAAAACGGAAAUCAUCAGAGCAAGAAGGUUUCUGUUCGGAAUAGGCAAAACAGAAACAAACGGCCAAUUUGUUUCUUGAUUUUUUUUUUUCUUCUUUUCUUUUAACUUGUCUUUUGAUAUUUCCGAAAAAGAAAAUAAUUUUGAGGCUGGUGUACAGUAAUUAGAUGAGGAUUAAAGCAAAAAAUUAGUGAGUGAUAGCGAGAUUUGUAUUGGGUUUUGCCGUGAAAGAAAGAAAUUAUGGGAGAUUAGUUGAGUUAGUUAUA